CAUGGCUCCAACCAUUUACCACCGCACAAUCUUGGCCACGAUAACCGUUCGCCUCGACGGUUGGCUGCGGCUAUGGCGAUCUUCCGCGUUCUGUACCCCGCCGAGGUUGCAAUUAACGUCUUCCAAGAUUACGACCCUUGCAUCCUGUACCUGGCAUCCUUCGCCAUAGCGUCGCUAUCUAUUCGGGCUAUUCUGGGGUGUGCGAUCGGAUAAAUAACGCCGUACCUGCGUCUCCCUCAACAUGCAUUCGUUCCUUUUCUACCUCUUCCCGCUAUCGUCGGCCGUCAUGAUUGUCGCGCUAAUCCUGCAGGUAUUGCUGGGUUUUGGCGGACGCGUGAGGAGUGAGCCGCCGUUUAAUAAUCCCCCGGGCGUGGAUAUCUGGUGUGGGAAGGCGUACCGAGCGACAAACUCAUCCUUCGAUCCCGGCGGCUGGCUCGACCCACCCAGCCCGGCUGAUCCAACACAGCUAAAGCUCGACUUGCGCGUCUACUCGCGCUACAGCUACUAUCUCAGCACCGAAAAGACAGCGACUCUCAUCGUCGACUCUCCCGUCUCUUCUCUCCGCGGGACGCCGUACAAGAAUGAAACAUUCGACCCGGAAACGAGUCCAAACACGAAAAUUCCAUUCACGGAGCUGCAAUUAUAUGUAAGAGAUAGCGCCGCAACCAGCAAGCCGCUCGUGAACUGGUUAAGGGUUCCUGUAAAUGCGAGCGGCUAUGAGGUGGAAGUCAGUCUGGAGGGCUUGAAGAGCAAUGGAACUACUCAUUUGACGGUCAUGGGAAACUCGCCGGACGCCAUCCAGACCUUCCAGUCCAUGUCCGAGAUCACGACCCUACCCGCUCGGAAUGACACCGGCAGCACGGCGCGCAUCGACCGCCUCUACGGCGGCAUUUCCGUCUCAUCCUCCCUCACAAACAACACCUGGAAACCCAUCUUCCCCUACUCCUUCUACACGUCCUGGGACUGGAUAUCCUCCACCAUCAACAACUCCUCCGCCACCAAGAACCUCACCACCUUCCGACAGCUCGGCUACAACAUCAUCCACAUCGUCCCGCCAGGCGGCACUCACCCCUUCGACCACACAAUCUUCGACCAGUUCCUCAACAUCUGCGACGCCCUCGAACUCUACAUAAUGUACGACAUGCGCCACACCUACCAAAACAACACCUCCAUCGCCACCCAACUCGCACCCCUACAGCCCCAUCCCAGCCUGCUCCUCUACUACACGGCCGACGAGCCCGACGGUUGGUGCGACCCGCUCGACGCCACAUCCACCGCCUACAACGCCAUCCGCGCCAUCGACCAGUACCACCCCAUCAGCCUCGUCCUCAACUGCGCAAACUUCUACUUCCGCGAAUACACCGCCGGCGCAGACAUCAUCCUCGAAGACACGUACCCCCUCAUCCUCUCCUCUACAUUCUCCCCCGUCUACAACACCCCCUGCAACGCCACCUACGGCGACUGUGGCUGCGACAACUGCCACGUCGCCGACCCCGCUUACCCGGCGUACGUGCACAACGCGUUUCUCGACAUCCUCGACCGCACCGAGAAUAUGUACGCGUAUCAGGAGUGGAUCGGGAACGUGUAUAGGAAGCCCGUGUGGGGCGUUCCGCAGGGCUUCUUUGACGCAAACAGCUUCUGGAGCAGGUGGCCGACGCGAGAAGAGGAGGCUGUGAUGGGCCUGCUGCGCGUUAACCAUGGCGCGAAGGGCAUCGUGGCGUGGAUCUAUCCGACGAGCGCGGAGGUGGAGAGCGUUACUUCGGAGCUGGCGACUGUCAUUGGAGCGCAGGAUGUUACAGCCUUUUUGCUUGGUGCGGAGAGGAUGCCGCUGGAGACAAGCGGGGGGGAUGGAUUGAUUGAUGCAGCUGCGUGGGUGAGCGGCGCUGAGAUUCUUGUCAUCGCUGUGUAUCAGGGAAGUGCGGCGGUGAAUGGUACGGCGGAGAUUAAGAUGCCGAAGGCGGUUGAAAAUGUGGAACCGCUUUGGGGGAGUGGCGGAUGGAUGAUUAGUGCAGAGGGGGAAUCUCUAGUUAAGGUUGAACUUGAAGGGUUGGAUGCAAGUAUUAUGAAGGCGAAGGCCGUGGGCACGUAAAGAGGCUGGCUGCCUUUUGGGGCGAUAUUGGUUACCUGUGCGGUCUGUAUAUAUCCUAUGAAAGAUUUGUCAUCGCAUUGGUUGAAAU